AUGAACGCUCGUCGGGACAGCUACGCCAGGGUCGCUGCUGCCGGAUCAGCAGGCAGUAACAGUUCAUUCCAGCAACCCACCCGAUCCGGUGCCUUUGCGCAUCUCGCCAACAGCGCCUCGACAUCGCACCCAAACCGCCUCUCUCGCUCCAUCGACGCCGACGGCCACAUGUCUACGAGUUUCGGAAGGUCCGGCGGGUUGCUGCCCUCAUACUCCAGCCAAGCUGGAUAUUGGCAUGGCCUGGGAGGGUCGGCUCAAGACAUACCUCCAUUCUUCGUGCCCUCCUACCUGCGCGGGUCCAAGCACGCCGAGAAGUUGCAAGAGGUGCACAAAGCGAAGCUAGCAGCCCAGAGGGAUUACAAGUCAACACACUCGUCAAAUGCGGGCUCGCUGUCUACGAGUUCGAGCAGCGCCAAUCUGCACAAGAUGGCGCCAUCACACCGAGGUCUCACGCAUGAGGUAGUGGAGCGCGCGCCUGUUGUGGAUGAGCCGGUGGCGCCAUGGCCAACACGAUGGAACGAUGCAGACAGAUUCCCUCAACUAGAGCUUGAGGAUAGUGGAAGGCAAGCCAAGUUCUCAGGCACCCAGAAGACUCACGAUGAAGCGGCAUCGGUACGGGCAGACUUUCCUAUGCCACGGCAGUGUGGGAUUUACUACUACGAGAUGACUGUUAUCUCCAAAGGCAAAGACGGUAGAAUGAUCGGAAUUGGCUUCUCUGGACAAAAGGUUGCUCUCAGUAGGAUACCGGGUUGGGAGCCCGACUCGUAUGCAUACCAUGGCGACGAUGGGCAGAUCUUCAGUAACACCACCUCUGGGAAGUCGUAUGGACCCAAAUUCGGCACGCUGGACGUCAUCGGCUGUGGCAUCAAUUUCCGGACAAAUACCGCCUUCUUCACCAAGAAUGGGCACAUGCUAGGGACGGCCUUUCGAGACUUGAAACUCAACGUGCCAUACUAUCCCACGGUAGGCAUGAAGAAGCCUGGCGAGACGGUCCGCGUCAAUUUCGGUCAAGAACCCUUCGCUUUCGAUAUCGACAAGAUGGUACAGGAUGAGAAGGCAGCCAUACAAACCGAAAUCACUCGAACCAAGACCGAAGCGAGCGUACUGGGAGGCGAGGACGCGCUGAUACACCGGCUGGUGGGGCAGUAUUUGGCGCACGAUGGCUACGUAGAAACAGCACGAGCUUUCUCAGAUGAAAUUGUAGAUGAAGCGAGAGCGCUUGCGAACGAUGAAGAGGCAGACAUUCCCUACCGCACGGCAGUAGAAGAUCUGGAUGCGCUCAAUCGACAAAAAAUACGUACAGCGAUCCUCGAGGGCGAUAUUGACAAAGCGCUCAAGCAUACGAGUGCAUACUACCCUUCGGUCCUCCGUGACAACGAAAACAUCUACUUCAAACUCCGCUGUCGGAAAUUCAUCGAGAUGAUCCGGCGAUGCGGAGAGUUAAACGCACAAUGUCAAUCUGCACCAGCGUCAUCCUCCAAAAGAUCGACUGCCUCCGCAGCCAACAAGCGUAACUCAACUGCUACCGACGAGUACGAUUUCGAGAUGGAGCUUGAUGAGCAACUAGGUGUACAUAACCCACCACCAAGUUGGGACAACAAGGAUCAAGACGAUGAGUUGGAAGAUGGAGAAGAGGAUGACAUGGAAGACAAGAUAGUAAAGAGCGAACGGGCGACGAGUGAGACAAUAGCUUAUGGCAUGGAGCUAAAAUCCGAAUUCGCGAACGAUCCGAGACGGGAAGUCAAGCGGGCGCUCGAAGACACUUUCGCGCUCAUUGCCUAUGCAGAUGCACGGGAAAGCUCGUUAGCGCCAUUGCUAGAGAUAUCUGGUCGUGCGCCAGUCGCUGAGGAGCUAAACAGUGCCAUAUUAGUCUCUCUAGGCAAAUCCUCUUCCGCCGCUCUCGAACGCCUAAUCCAGCAGACUGAAGCCUUAGUCAACGAACUCGCCGACGACGGCGGUCCCGGUGCUUUCAUCAAUGUUCAAAGAGACUUCUUACAAUAG